CUGGAAGUGCAAAAAGGGGUGUGCCAAGGAUUUUUGGGAAAAGUGGGGGAGUCUUAGGGGUAUGAAUGCAAUUAGACAAGCAAGGGGCACGAGGGACUCAAGGCCCGAUGGGGCCGGGGUACUGUGGGCGGCGGUUUGCGGGGAAGUCCCUUCGCGGAGGAGGCGGUCCCGAAAAGUUGGGCCGUCGGGGGCCGCCACGUGGCGCAGGCCGCUGCGUAUUUGGGUUGGGCCUUCGGAAUUCCGGGGUUNGCUACAGUCUCCGGGAGCUCUUGAUAACGAACAAUGUGAUGAAAACGGGGGAAUCGGUUGCCCGUGCGGGGGAGGGACGAGAGAUAAUCGGGAUAGAGGGUGGUGAGAGUUCGGAAGAGUGCCACGCGGAAGCGAUCGUGGUAUUCGCACGCGGGGAUGGUCCCCGUUAUCACGCAGUAGACCUCGAUCAUGUUGUGGCCUUGCCACGCGGCACUAAGGAGCAAGACAUGGAGGCAGAAAGCCGGGACGGCGCAUCGAAUGGAGGGGUGGGGAUGCACUACAACAGCGAGGCGAGCGGCGUAGAAGUGACGGAAGGUGUUGCGGGGGAACGGGUUGGAGGGGAACGUGACGGGGGUAAUGAGCUGGCGGAUGGUGAGGUAGUCAAGGGGACGGCAAGAGAGGSCUCGGGGACGAAGGCCGAUCGCCCGUAUCGGUACGUCGGCAAACUGAGGGACGGUUUGGGGAGGAGUGGGAUCAGCUCCGUCGCCACGCUGAUAGGGUUGGAGUCAUGGCCGUGAGGUCGCCAUCUUCAGGUCGGGACGGCUCCGGAUCUCGGUUCGGGUCAUCGUGGAUCUGCAGACUCGCCGCGCUUGCGAGCUC